AUGCCGAGUGCGAGCAGAAGGGCAGCGGCGAGAGUCUGGUUGCCCUUGGCCAAAGUUGGGUGGAAGAGGUCGUUGGACGACUCCUGCCAGAGCUGGUAUAGUGAGGAAUCCAUGUGCUUCGUCCUUGUGGUUGUUUUUGAAUGCGACUUGGUGUCGUAUGCGUCAAUGCUGGUGUCACAAAUGUCUACGGCAACAGAAGAUAGUACAAAUGGCAAGCGCAAAGCAACCGAGGACCCAGCUUCUCCAGUGUCGUCGAAACGACCAAAACAUGAAUCGCCCGACUCGCCCGAGAAGAAGAAGCCCACCGAGAUAGCACGGAUCCCGUUCCCCGAGAAGCCGGCCGUUAUCGAGGAGCGCAACGGCGAGAUAGAGUUUCGCGUUGUGAACAAUGACAACGAGCGCGAGUCCCUCAUCAUCCUGACUGGGUUGAAAUGCAUCUUUCAGAAACAACUCCCCAAGAUGCCAAAGGACUAUAUUGCGCGCCUCGUCUACGACCGAACACACCUUUCCAUCGCCAUUGUCAAAAAGCCACUUGAGGUCGUCGGUGGCAUUACGUACCGCCCCUUCAAAGGUCGCCAGUUUGCAGAGAUUGUGUUUUGCGCUAUAAGCAGUGAUCAGCAGGUCAAGGGUUAUGGCGCGCAUCUCAUGUCGCAUUUGAAAGACUACGUGAAAGCCACGUCGGAUGUGAUGCACUUCCUUACGUACGCAGAUAAUUACGCCAUUGGAUACUUCAAAAAACAGGGGUUUACCAAGGAAAUCACCUUACCAAAGUCGGUAUGGAUGGGUUACAUCAAGGACUACGAGGGCGGCACCAUAAUGCAGUGCAGCAUGCUCCCGCGCAUACGAUAUCUUGAAAUGGGUCGCAUGUUACUGAAGCAAAAGGAGUGCGUCCACGCCAAGAUCCGCGCAUUUUCAAAAUCCCACAUCGUUCAUCAGCCGCCCAAGCAAUGGAAGAACGGAAUUGAGCCCAUCGACCCGCUGUCAAUCAGCGCCAUCCGCGCCUCGGGCUGGUCCCCCGACAUGGACGAGCUGGCGAGGCAGCCACGCCACGGACCAAACUACAACCAGCUGCUUCACCUGCUCAACGAUAUGCAAAACCACCAGAGCGCGUGGCCGUUCCUGGUACCCGUCAACAAGGACGACGUCGCCGACUACUACGAGGUUAUCAAGGAGCCCAUGGACCUGUCCACCAUGGAGAACAAGCUCGAGAUGGACCAGUACCCGACACCCGAGGACUUUAUCCGCGAUGCCAAGCUCAUUUUUGACAACUGCCGCAAGUACAACAACGAGUCAACUCCGUAUGCGAAAUCAGCCAACAAGCUCGAGAAGUUCAUGUGGCAGCAGAUCAAGGCCAUUCCCGAGUGGUCACAUCUUGAACCAUGAUCCUGAUGAGACUGUUUAUUUCUACGUGCUGAUGCACUUAGGGAAUGAUCACUGGCUGUCGCUUCAGCUGUGUUUAUUUCUUACUUUGCAGCUUUGGUAUGCAUUUUAUUUUCACUUUUGUAUGGAGUUUUGCGUUUGGCGUUUUAAAGGCAGCGUGGAUGAUUUUUCUUUCUUAUUUUUACGAUCGAACUUUUUCCUUUUAUAAAAUAUCAUUGUAUGGCAGGCAAAAAAGCUCAAAUGGAAUUAAAUGAAUUUGGCGUUGAGGUUACGAGUCGCCUUUUGACACCAUGCAUGUAGUUGUUGUCUAAGCCCUCUAGGGAUUAGUUUCAUCUUUAGCAAAAAGAAAAGACCCAUGAGAUGAUCGUGCGAACUACUACCGUGUAGGUUGUCACACCAUCUGCCAGGAAAACUUAUACGGUCUGCAUGUUCAUCAGAUGUGCUCUGAAAAAACCGAAAUAUGCAUUAAUUACCGCGGUCCGCUUCGAUCCCGUCUGCCUCUAUGCGAUAUUCUCCAUAGUUGACCAGAAUGUGCUCUUGUAGUAGAAUCUAUUCAUGAUUGAAGGCAAGAAAACAAAUAAGGCAACGCAAGAUGAUGCUAGAGUGUCAAAAAAUCAAAGGCAAGGGACAAAACAAAAAGGUGUAGUUUUUAGCUCCUGAAUAUCCGCCAUUCAUGUCCCAAUUAGUAUACCUCCUAUGCUUGCUAAAAAAAAACAAAAAAUAAAAAAAAAAAAAACAAGAAUAGACAUAAUGAGAAGAAACAAGACCUUUCAACCAGGCUAUCUCCAGAGGCGUGGAUGAAGAUGAUGACCGAAGGCAAUAGUUUUUUUUGGGGCUCUACUCUACCACAAACGCUAUAUUGGAAAAAUGAAUACUCUGCCCAAAAAAAAAACAAAAAAAAAAAACACCAAUGUUCAUGAGAAUCACCUCCAAAGGGGCUGUGUCGUCUAUCUGAGCCUACGGGGU